AUGGGCAGCACGGACAAGAAGGCUGACGCUCCGAGUGCUGUGGAGAACUGCGCGUGCCCGGAGCCCGGCUGCUUGUUCGAGGGCUCUUGUUCCAGGGCGCUGGUCCAGCACUUGGCCGACGCCCACGCGCGGCCCAUCUACGCCGUCAGGUACGGCCAGCCAUGGAACUUCACCAUGUCACUCUCGCGGCCAUGGGACGUCGCCUUCGGGGUCGGCGAGGACGGCCGCAGCGCCUUCUUCGUCGUCCUGCAGGCGGCGGCGCCCGGCGGCGGCGCGUUCAUGAGCGUCUCGCUGCAGGUCUGCGUCAGGGAUCAGGCUGCCUGCGGCGUACAGGGGUCGCAGAUGUUGUACAGGAGCAAGAUGACGUUGGAGUCACUCAGCGGGGACAAGAAGAAAAGGGUCGCUACUCAGCCCGCGGUCUGCGACAGGGUGCACAUGGAGGUGCCUCAGGAGAUGGUGCUGUCCGGAGAAACGAUCGCGGUCAGCAUCCAGAUUGACCAGGUUCUGCAAGUGGGUUGGUAA